GUCGCUGUGCCACGGUGGGGACCAAGGGCAGGGCAGGGGUCCUGUGACGCAGUGUGGGCGCAGGUGACAUCAGAGGACGUGGCACAAUGGGGGGGAGGCUUUAACAGCAGCUGCAGGCAGCGCUGCUUCACUUUGGUCUUAGCCAUCGGUGAGUACAGUACCCAGGGGGAAGACUGGGCUGGGCCAGGGCUGGGGCACAAAAGCUGGCCCCACGAGGUCUUGCUAAGCCUGCAGCCAGGGCCCAGCUGCUCAGGGCAGGGCUCACGGCUGUCGCCAUCAGCACUGCCCACAGUCCCUGCUGCCUCCUCCCAGCUCCUUCGCCCCUUUCCUACCUGACCCUAGGGGUCUGCAGCUCCUGCUGUAGCUCCCACCCAGCCCCACUGACCUGCUUCUCUCUCACCUCUUUCAGAUCAUGGCUCGGGCACUUCUUUUUGUCCUGACGUUCCUGGGUUUUGGCCCGCAGAAGGUCGGCGAUGAAUUAGAUGCAGAUACAAAGGAGCGCAUGCGGCAGCACAUGGAGAUGCUGCAGGAGCACAUGACGCUGUUCCUGUUGGAAAUUGAGAAGAUGGAGCGGGAGCGCCCCUGGCACAGCAGCAUACAAACCGUGCUCUUAUCUGUGUUGCUGCGCUGGCAGUUCUGGUUCUGCAUUGGCAUUCUUGUCUUUUCCUUUUGGUACCUGUGGCGGGUUCUUAAAAGCAUCCAAGAGCCUGACAGUAGUAGUGAUGAGGAAAGCUCUAGCAGUGACAGCUCCAGUAGUGAUGAUGACGACCAAGGAAGAGCACUACCAAACCCCAAUGAUGCAAACGAUCUGGCUGAUUAUGUAGCUCAGCGCAUCUACUGGCCACUUCCAAAUCCAACCAUCAUACGCCAUCAGGUGUUAGAGGUGGUAGAAGGCCUCCUGGAUAUUUACGGCUCGGUCGUUCAAAAGACUUUCUUUCCGGAGCUGCAGUCAGCCAUCGGGGUGGGCAGUGCCUUUGAAGGUUGGAGUCCCCAUGAGGAAAACAUUGUCUACUGCUUACUUAUUCCCAUGACGGCCCCCCGUGGGCACUCCUUCCACAUAGAGCUGGGCAAUGAAGGCGAUCUGCUGGCAAGGAACUCCUCUAUCCGUGUCGAGCUGGAGUGCACGUGUGAGAUAAAGCAGGCCUCUGAGGACAUGCUGUGCUUCCUCCACCAUUCUGAAAAGGAACUGGAAAAGCAGAAGCCGAGCCUCCUAGACACCCUCUGCACCGACUCCUACCUAGAUGCGGAGAAGACUGCAAAGUGGUUCCAGAAUUUCGUGAAAUCAGCCUGGGUGCUUACGCCUCAGUCGCAGGUUUACAAUGUAAAAGUGCUACCUUCCACCCGCUCCUGCAAGUUCCAGAUGACAAGUGCUACCAAGAGAAACAUCACCAUUGAGAUAAUAUUUGGGGUUCAGCAAGGCGAUUCAGACAUCUUCUUGAGCAGCCAGAGGACGGAGGCCAUCUUGACCCCCAGCACAACGUGGCCACAGAGCUGUGCUGUUGCAGAAAUGAAGUUCAUCCAGCACAUAACCACCGAAGCCUGGUUCCACACCUUACACCUCAAGUGCAUGCAGGUCUUCGCCCGUAUGCUGGUGGGCACAAGCAUUUCCACUUAUUUCAUCAAGACUGUUAUCAUGCACCUCCUGACCAUCAUCCCCUUGGAAAUGUGGCACAGGGAUGAUUUUCUUCUGCGGCUGGAUGAUAUCGUUCGGUACCUGCAAUGCUGCCUGGAAGAGAAACGCCUCAACCACUUCUUCUUUGGCAAUGAGAUGAUACCCGAUGUGAUUGUCCUGCCACCAGCCUUCCAAUUUUCUGGACCAGUCAACCUUUUCGAAUACCUGGAGGAGGACACAUAUGCUUACACCCGCAUGCUGGAAGAGCUUCAGGAGCUGCACUGUCGGCUCGCAAGACUGAUGAUCUUUGGACAAUAA